UGUUAAUCUUAAGUUUUGCAUAAUUUGUUGUUGCUAAGUAUCAUGUGUUCAGGUAUAAAUGCUUGUUGGUAGCUCUCUACGAAUUCAUGCACUUCUACGAAUGCAACGGUAUUUGCACGUAGUAUGUUAGUUUAAGAGGGUUCAAUAAGUGUGGAUGUUAUAAAACGUUCGAACUUUAAACAGAUCAUUCACUUUAUUGCUAUGGGGAAGAACGAAUUUCGAAGGUUAAUAUGUUUGGUUGUUUUGUUUGUGUCAUUUCAGAGCUACGAUUUAAAAUCGGUUAUAAAUGACACUGCUGUAGGGAAUAUUGAUGGUGCAUAUUUAUUAAGGAUGGGGAAAAUGUUGAAUAAACCAGAUUUAUCUUUGAUAGGAGCCGCAAUGAAUAAUUUACAUAAGUGUGAACAGUGGACCACCUGGUCGGCUUGCACCGCUUCAAGGCCGAAUCACUUUGGACUAAAAAAGCGAACACGACUAUGUGGCACAGAAAGGCAACUGACCGAGACAGGUCCUACAAACGCAGAGGAGGAUUUUAAUGUAUGCAAGGGCGUAUGUCCAGCUGACUACGAAAUUACCGAGAAUGGAUCAUGUAUGAAACUUUACACUAUAACAAAAUCAAAAGCAGAUACCCAAAAGCAAUGUGAAGCCGAUGGAGGGAAUCUGGUAAAAAUUGACACCGAAAGCAAAUUAAAUGAUGUCGGGAAGUUAACGGGAAUUUCUACAUUAGGACUUAUUAACAUAGAUGGCGUUCGCAAAAACCCUAAUUCUGCAUGGGUGUUCGCAACUCCUACCAGAAGCAUAUUCUUCAAUUGGAAAACUGGUCAACCGGACAAUGAAUCAAACCAGUUAUGCAUUGUUGUUAGGGGUACUGAUAAAUUAAUGUGGGAUGCAGACUGUUUAACAAAGAGAUAUUUCAUUUGUGAAAUAUCUACAUAAAAAGAACUAUUAUGAUAAACAAGGCAUUGAGAUUUCCGCUUGAUAGGAUAAAACCGUUGCACUUUCGGUUGAUAUAAAAAUCAAUGUGUUUAAUAAAUAUAUAAAUCCAAUUGGCAUAAUUUUAGUAACUUGUCUUUGACAUUUUGUUACUCGCAACUACAUAAAAUGAUGAAAAUUUGCCUGUUUUAAUAUAAUCAUUUUAUACGUUUUAUAUGCUGUUAUGUUGCGUGUGUGUCUUUUAAUGCCAAAUAGUAACAUCUCAGGUAUAAAAGUAGAUCAUUUUUAUGUAAAAUAUGCAAAACAAGAUCAUCAAUAUAGAGUGGUGUUCAAUGGACGUAACUCCUACACGAUCCAGCAACACAGAACCACAGGAAAGAAGCCUGGUGUUUUCACCUGAGACAUUAAUUUGUAGCACAGUAACUAGAGAAAAAUGUUUAUGGUAGGAAAGUGUUAA